GGGAGGGUGGAGGCUGGAAUUAGGAAAUAAACAGCGAAACCUGGCCAGAAAGAAAGGAACUGGACAUUCCAGCCUGCCCGGGCUGGCUGUUCUCCUAUGGAGCUUUUGGUGGAUCUCAAGAGUUUAAUAUCUCCCCUGGAUCCCUGGAUUGUCCAGCUAACCUGUGGCUUUCUUUUCCUGAAGACACCUUCUUCCAUGGAGAAAUAGGAGAAGCCGGAUCCUGCGUGCUAAAGCUUUCUCUGUCCUUUUGAACCCACCCGAAACGAGGGAGACUAGCAUCCUGGCUUGCAACGUCUCCCCAGUCUAACCAGCCUGAGGGACAGGCCUUCCUAGCCUACCCCGGAGACUCCAUGGCAACCACGAUGGCUUCCUCCAGGUGCCCGGAGGAGGCGACCCUGCGCAGCCCUUUCCCUCUGACUCCACCACCAGCUCUGGGGGUUGAGUACUAUCCUUUUGGGGGAGAGUGCCAGCAACCCUUUGUGGGGGAUGCCGCUGCUGCUGGGGAUGGGGAUCCCGAAGACACGGAUCUGGGGGUCCUGCUGCAGAGGAAAGAACAGGACUUGUUGUUGGCAGCAGAAUUGGGGAAGAUGCUCCUGGAGCGUAACGAGGAACUGGAACGGCGCUAUGAUGAAUUGGCGAAGGAACAUACGGAAGUCAAAGAGCAUCUUGAACAAGAGAAACAUGAACUCCGGCGGCACCUUGAAUCAGGCCGGGCGGAAUUUGAGACCCGGAUGGCAGAGCUGGAGGUUGACUUGGUGGCUGCCCGAGCCCAGCUGGGGCAGCAGCGUCUGGAACAGCAGGACACCAGUCGAGAGAGCUCCCAGGCGGUCUUGGACCUUUCAGAGCAGAACCAACGUCUGGUGGAGCAGCUCAGUCAGGUGAGUCACUUGGAACAACGGCUACAGGAAGAACUGAGUGUAUUACGUGUGGAACAUCGGGCCCUGACCCUUUGCAACACCGAACAUGCUGCCCGGAUGCAAAGCCUGCAAGCUGAGAAUCAUCUGCUACAAGAGCGGAAGCAAGAUAUGGAGAAACAGAUCCGUCAGCUUCGGGAGGAGAAUGAAUCCAUCCAAGCGCUGGUGGACACGUUGCAUGAUAACCUUCUCCUUCUCCGCAAAGAGAACUGUGAAAAGCAGCUACGGUUUCAACAGGUAGAAGUGGAAGCUGAGGAACUUCGGGCUGCCCGUCGGCGCCUCCAGCAUCAGGUCAAGGAUUUGAAGGAAGAGAUUCGUCUGCACGACUUGGAUACCUCUGUCACCUCCAUCCAAUCUGAGAUUGAAAGCAGUUUAGAUGAUGCCCCAGGAGCCCCUGGACAGACACCAAAGUCAACAACCAGGGGCAUCAAUAAGGCUGGUCCCACUGCAAAGAAGACCCCGCAGAGGUUGGAGGAGAAUGUAUCUGAAUACAACAAAAAGGUUUCAGCCUUGAGUGAUCAGCAGCAAGACAUAUUGCGACAGAAGGAAAUGGAGAUUGUGAAGCUCCAGGAUCAGGUUACCUUGCAACACGUGGAGCUCAGCGGUUUGAAGUCUGAGGUAGAGAACCAGAGGCGGUUGUACCAAGAAAGCAAUCGGGACAAGGCCUUGAAGUUAGCCGUAGCAGACCGGGAUGAGGCCAUAAUCAAGAAAGGGGAAAUGGAAUUGGAAUUGGCAAAAAUCUCCCUGGAGCAAGAUUCGUUGAGCCAACAAUUACUGCGCGUCAUUCGCCAGAAGAUGGCACUUUCCCAGGAACUAGAAGCCUGGCAAGAUGACAUUCAGUAUAUUAUUCACCAGCAACUUCUCCAGAAACAGCAGGAAGAGCGCCAUUGUCUCACCACACCACCAAAGACACCAACACAAGGCAAGGGUCCUGAAUUAUUUCAGGGUGGUGCCAGCACUUUUAGUGGCAAAGGCUUCUUCUCACUCUUCCGGAAAAGCUGAACUGUUGAAGAUGCGGAAUUUCUAAUAUGGCUGAAGGCAGGAAAGUAGGCGAAGGGAACGCGAAGGCCAAACUGGAUGAUAAGAGACGCAGUAGAAGCACCUGUGAGAGACGUCUUUGAGGGGCAAGGGCUGAAUUGGGUUUAAGCAACUGUU